CCACCCCUCUAUUUUCCCUUUCCAUUCUCCAGCGCGUGACAUUGCUCACCGUAAACAAAGACACACACCAAGGUCUGGUCUUUGCCACAUUUCUCACCAAAACACGCACCAAGUAGCAAACUCUCUUCUCCUCAUCAUCUUCGUCUUGUGCUCUCUCAACCCUCAGCUCUCAACUCAAUCAUCCAUGGCUUCUGUAUCUCCCAGGCACCAAGAGAACACUAAUGCCAACCCCUCUUCUCCUUUCGUCACUUCUCCCCCCGUCGCCGGCAACGGAGUCCAGCCCCACCAAGUUGCCCCUCCGAAGCCCAUCACCAGAUCCGAAUCCGCCGCCCCUUAUCCCACUACCUUCGUCCAGGCCAAUACCUCCUCCUUCAAGCAGGUUGUCCAAAUGCUCACCGGAUCCUCCGACACCGUCAAGCACGCCUCCGCUUCCAAGCCCGCCUCCGAUUCCAAGACCCACAUCCCCCCGAUCAAAUCCAUCCCCAAGAAGCAGCAGCAGCAGCAGCAAUCCGGCUUAGAGCUCUACAAGCGCAGGAAAUCCCUCAAGAAUCUCAACAUCAGCCCCUUGAUUCCUUCUUUCGGGUCCGGAUUUUCGCCCCGAAAGCCCGACAUCCUCUCCCCCAGCAUCCUUGACUUUCCGUCCCUCGUCCUCAGCCCCGUCACGCCGCUCCUCCCCGACCCCUUUGAUCGCUCCGCCCCCGGGACCGGAAGCCCUGGCUUGGAUAGGGAGGCGGAGGAGAGAGCCAUCAAAGAGAAGGGUUUUUUCUUGCAUCCUUCGCCGGGGACCACUCCCAGGGAUGCCGAGCCUCGAUUACUGUCUCUGUUCCCGACCACAUCUCCCAGAGCUUCAGUUAGUCGCCAGCUCUCAAUUGGAUCAAAUUAGAUGACAACGAAAACAACAUUCAAAACUAAACGUUGAUGGAUUAAUUCAUGCAGGGUGAUGGUGGGUGAUUACAUUAAUGGGGAAAUUGAAAUAGAAAGGAGAACAUGUGCCAUGUUCUGAAUCCUACUGGCAUGAAGAUGCCCCAUUUCAAAGGUCGUCUUCUUCUUCUCUCUCUCUCUAUCAGCGUUUGGAGGAAAUAGACGAGAGAGAGAGGGAAAGUGUGUGUGUCUCGCAAGUGGUGGGUUUUCAUUUGGAAACGAACAAGAAUUUUUAUCAUUAUUCAUAUCUAUGAUGAUUCCUUUGUGAUUUUCUUUCACAUGGCUUUGAUAUUUCUAUUAUUUUAUUUCUUAUUUGAUUUGACCACACAUCCAUCAUGUCAUAUUUGACUAUCUCUCUUUGAAUUCUUGAACGCUGCCAUUAUUACUUCCUUAUUGCUUCUUAA